UUUACAAUAUCUUACUGAUUUGUUUUAAUGCACUUUUUAGGUUGUAUUUUUUUACAUACAUUUUAAUAAACAUUAUUUUUUGCCUAGAUGAAUAGACUCAGCAGGUUACAGACAAACACUGAAAAUUGGAUUAAUGUGAAAAAGAUGUAAUUUCUAAGUAAUUUUCUAAGUUAUGCAUCAGAGUUUUGAUUCUAUUUAACUUAUAUUUCAGGUUGCACAUGCAGGAUGUCUCCUAAAGCACCGUGCGCACCAAGCGAGCUGAGCGUCUCCAGAGACGCAGUGACGCUCAGCAGGUUCUCUGAAGCUGGAGACUCUUCAGAGGACUCCGGUGGAGAACCUCUGACUGUUACUGCAGGUGAAGCCUCCUCAUUGAGAGAUCUGAAACCCCAGAGCAGAAGUUCUCGGUCCGGUCAGCGAGGCAGACGCAGGAUGAAGGCCAACGACAGAGAGAGAUCCAGGAUGCACAACCUGAACUCCGCCCUGGACGCGCUGCGGAGCAUCCUGCCGGCGCUGCCUGAAGACGCCAAGCUCACCAAGAUCGAGACUCUGCGCUUCGCACACAACUACAUCUGGGCUCUGACCGAGACUCUGCGCAUGGCUGAUCAAUACCUGCCGGUGGGAUCUGAUCUGAGCAGCCCAACAACGAGUGUUUCCUCUGCGGAGUGGGACUCAGCAUCACCUGCUCAGUCUGGCUAUGUGACCUCCUCAUCCUCCUCCUCCUCCUCAGCUGACUUUGACCCGAGAGACUGUUACACUUUAGCUCAUCAAAUGAAGUGUAAGAUUCUAUCAAGAGAUCAGUCCUGUGUUACCUUUUAUUUCAAGUCAUUCUGUGGUGAAAAUGGUGUCAAAAACACUUGGCACUGUUGACUUUUCAUGAUAAAAAAGCUGCUGCACUGCUCUCUAUGGUUGAAACCUUGUUGCACUUCCAGACACACUGAUCAGUGAUGUCCGAGCAGAUGUUUCCCAUCACCUACCAGGGGCCAAACACCUGCAGUGACGUCACUGAUUGACAUCUUAAUUUGCCCGAAACUUACAGAUCAGUG